AUGUGGGAAUUCGACGCAUUUCUGGAGGACGGCGAUGAAGACUUUGCUUCGUACGUGGAAAGAUUCGAGCACUACUGCGAAGUAGCCAACGUACAAGAGGAGAAGCUUAAGAAGUCGGCCUUCAUAACGGCCAUUGGCAAGAAUGCGUACAAGACGCUCAAGGAUUUGCUUCUACCGGCGACCCCUGCGGAGAAGAGUCUCGAAGACCUGGUCAAGGUACUGAGUGACCAUUACGAGCCUGCAAGCCGAAUCAUCGCAGAGCGAUUCAGAUUCAACAGGCGGUACCAAGCGGAAGUUUUCCUCAGAUCCAAUGCUGUGCAACACGUCAAGACACCUCCGUACCAUCCGGCUUCGAAUGGGGCAGCAGAGAGGCUCGUCCAGACGGUAAAGAAGAACUUGGUACGCCAACUGCGAGACGAGAGGUGCUCUGGGCAAGCCCGAACGAUUCAACACCGGCUGGACCAGUUCCUCUUCACAUACUGCAACACGCCAUGCUCCACGACUGGUAAGACUCCUGCACAGAGUUUCCUGUCUUGGACACCGCGGACACGUCUCAGCAUUUUGCACCCUGAAUUAGCCAAGCGGUGA